AUGAUACUAGAAGAUGCGGUUGAUAUCAAUUUGCAUCAUCACCUUAUGACCGUGAAUGCAACCCUUCAACCAGAUAAACUCAACCACUAUGUGGCUAGGUAGGCAUAUAUAUGGACUAUCCAACAAAACCCUAUCUAAAGUGCAAUCAUUGUCUACUUUUAGAGACAUAAGGGAAGGAACCCUUUUCCGUUCAAUCGUAAUCCAUACAGUGGGGCAGAGCGAGGGCAGAAGAAAGUUUCUCCCUCACAGCUGGACGUUGACUUAUUACCUGACCUACCUGACGAGGAACUUAAAAAUGCCUGCUUUUAAGUCAUUUCUAUUUUUUCCGAUAAAAGCAGAGACUUAUCCGCGUAUUUGCGUUUAAAAGCCCUGACAGAAUCCCACUCUAAAGUUGGAAAAUUAACCAAAGACUAGAUUUUGUACUUAAAUAAGGAGAUGAAGAGCGUAUGGUGAGGGGCGUACUCGUAACGAAGGGUUUCAGUAAAAGGGCCUGCAAAACGCCCCACGAGAAUUAAUUGGGAGGCCAGUUUGUAUAGUCCUCGUCUUAGGUAUAGGGUGAUGCCCGCCUAAAACUAGCAAUUGUUCUGGUGUCUCUGGCAUAGCAACGUGAGUUAAAAGUGAAUUGUUCAUAGAUGGGAUCGCACGUUGAACAGUAAGUACCAGAGAGCAAAAUAAUCCGCUAAAAAACUAAUACCACUUGAGGCACUUAGGUAAGUACCAGCAACAAAACGAAUACAAGCGAUCAAAGAAAACUUUGAAAUAGCAAAAGGUAUAAAAAUAACGGUACUGCUAUAAAAAAAAACUGAAGUCUUUAUUAUAAUGGUAGGCAAGGUAACCAUGCCAAUACUCUGCACCUUGCAAGUCACCGUGGUAAUUAAUUGAGGCGUUAGAACUAUAUCUGUUCUGUCCUUUUGCGUAGGUAAAACGUACUUGGACAUUGAAAAACUGAAAACUGUAAAGUGCAGUCUAUUUCUUAACGUUGUUUUAGAGGUUUCAAGCUUCUUUCAGUAUUUUAGUUUUAUUUUCUUCCAUGUUCUUUAAGAUUAUUAUGUUCCAAAUAUGUCGCUGAAAAUAGCUAUUUUACCAUCGCCAGUCAUCUUUACCCCCACUUUCUGGCCGGGAUAGCUAAAGUUCCUUGAUUAUUAGGCGUCCAUUUAGUUAAUUUUCGCAUAAUUCAAAGGUAGACUGUUUCAUGGGCCAAUGUAGUGUUACAAUCACUGUGCCGUUUCUUCUGUUUUUUUCAGAAAGACCAUCGAACAACUUGAGGCUGAAAGAGAUGGAAUUAUGGAGCAAAUUAAUGCUGUUGAUAGUAAAGCAAACCAAAACAGAGACCAGCGGACCUGCGAAGAUCUGGCCAAUUUCGCCGAGAACAAAGACUGGCUUCAGCAACAAAUUUCCCAAGAGAAGGCCAAACACAUCGAAUUGGAUGCCAAGGUACACUUGAUUAGAAACAUACUGCUGUAGUAAGUUUUCGAGGCGUUUUAUUCAACUCUUGCCCGGCAAAAUUAGUAGAGAGAAUGUUAACUUAGAUAUAAAAUCAUGAUAAAAAUUGUUUAUAAUGAAGUAAAAAAGAAGACUGUGUAUUAUAAAGCGUUUUUAUUGAUAGUAACGCUUAUAGUAGCUUUGGCUGGUUUCGCUGUCAGGAGUUCUACAAAACUAUUGUCAUAAGAGACCGAUGUUUAUGGAAAAGCACGAAGCACCUAGAUUUCAUCUCAAUUUCUAAAGCGGUUGUGGCAAACUUGUUGCAUUUAGGCAUAGUCGCUUUUUGCCCAUUGGGAGAACACACUUGUCCGUUGCCUUGACUUAAAUCGCCUCUGACCACGUUAAAGCGGAUUAGAAAUCGGCCUUCUUGAAAAUUUGUCCACAAACCUCCUUCAGCCAUUUGUAUUUUCAAAAUUUCAAACUUUCUGAAUAUGCACUCACAAUUUAUUAUGGAACGAACACUUAUCGCCUAUUAAGUCUUUGAAAAACAUAUAACUAUCAUAUGAACCUCUCUUAAUUUGCUGUAUUGGAAACUCAUAAUUGUUGCUUAACUUAUUCCCAUACAGCCGAUUCUGGAGCCAAUUUAGUUAGGUCCGAUCGGAGACAAAGAUUUCAAAGGAAUAAUUUUCAAUUUUAUGAGAACGCUUAAAAAUUGUCAGUCAGACUGUUUCCAGAAAUGCAAAAGAAUGUUCAACCAUCUUCGUUCAUUUUUGUUGAUUUUCCACAGACCAAGGAACUCGAAAAGCACUUAUGGAGCCUCAUUCAUACAGCAGGAAGUACGAAAAGUGCCCAGGAAGCCAUGGAUAAGUUAAGAAGAAAGCAAACUAGUCUCGAGGGACGUCUAGUUCAUGCACUGAAAACUUAUAAUGAAGCGCUCGGCAAAAAUAUGGGUAAAAAUCAGUGCACAAAAUGUGAUGCAAUACGCUUUCUCUAUUGCUUAUGUUCCUUAUUCUACAUAUACGGAGAAGACUUUUUGUUGUUUGCUCAAUCUAGUGCCAUUUCAAAAAAAUUUACAUUCCUAUUUGACGUUUUAUUUCUACAACCUAAUGUUUGCAUUUUUAUCAUGAAAGACGAGGGACGAAAUCAGAUGAGCAUUCUUUCAACUGUAAUGGAGACAGGGUGACCACUUCGUGGGGCAGAAGUUCAUUUUUUAGUUGUGAAUCUAACUAACUGCCUGAGGGCUAAGUUUGGGCAAUUGCUCUAAGCGCGUCAAAUUUGUAAUCACAUUUCAAGACACGUUUUAACCAUGAGAUUGGGCGAACAGGCAGCUCUCUCUUAAAGCGUCCUGGUAAGAUGGCUGCACAAUCUGAUUCCCUUAUUUAUUCUCCGAAUUUUACACGAACUGUCUUUCUUCCGUUUUUUCGUCAGCCCUUCGAGCAGAAAUUGACACCUUGAGAAUGGAACGUGGACGAUUCGAUCUGAUCUACAGAAAACUCGAUGUGACAUUGACCAAGAUGCGAACUGAGAUUAAUCGCCUGACUCAGAUUACUACGCAGGCUUACGACCAAAGGUAUCAGACGACUGUUCGUAAUCCAUUAUCCUGAAAUUAUUGAACGAAGGUAAAAACAUUUUAAUAGACUUUGCUACAGUUGACUGCGAUUGAUUUGACUAUCGUGCUACGUUCCUCUUCCUACGUAGGAAUUUAUUAUGUAUUUUAGCUGAAAAAGUCCCGGCCGGGACUUUUUCAGCUAACCGGUUCGCGCAUUAAAACUACACUGAGCAGAACGUUUUCUUCUCAGAACAACCGAUGGGAAUAAAUCAGUAUUUUUUGUAUUGUUAAAUGCACUUUCUACGUGAAAUGACUAAUCAAAGGGUGUGUGGAUCUGUUUUUGCCUGCACUGCCAUGUGAUAAUUCCGCUAGACGGGCAGAUCUCUCUGGGAUUUAAGAUAUUUUGUUCGAACGUUUUAGUUUCCGGAGGGGUCAGUGACAAAAGAGUCCUAUAGAAAUGCCUUUCGCCGAUCUCUCCUAACCGUAAUACGUAAUAGGAGGUGAUUACGUUUCAGCCUUGGGCCGAGGGUCCAAAGUCCAUGCAGGCAGCCACAUGACGACGAUUGUUAAUACUUGCAUAGUCAUGCCGUCAAAGACGCGGACGCAGAACUGACCAUUCCGGGCUUAUUCGCCAUAAUCUUCCAGUGAUGUCCCAGCCUCAGACGUCGACACACGGUGUUCUGGCGUCAGCUGAACACUGAAGUCCCACUCUCGAAACAGCUGUGUCACUGGACUUGGCCCAUCGGCUGUGGUCGAAAACAUACAUUGUGAGAUUGGCUUCCACCGACCAACCCUUUGUUUUCUAAGUUAAACCCCUUGAUACUGAUUGCUACUCGACUCUGCCCGACCCGGUCUUCAGGUAUUACUGGCUGACGACGACAGAUAAGCAUGAAAUGCCAUUACGGCGUCCUCAAGCUUUGUUAAGUCCAAAAAACUAUGCUAGUUUGUUGGUGAAAAAAGUCUCAGCGGACUGGUAGCUGUGAUUUCGCAGGUCAAACUGAAUAAAUAAUUUGGCAAACUUCGAUCUUUCGUUUCUUCGGCCAGAGCAAGUUGGUCGUCUGCAUAUAACUCUGAUGCGACCUUUUGAAGAUAGUCAUCUUCAAAUGAAAACAGCCUUUUGCCGUCGUCGGUUUGAAAGGGGCUCGCCUUCAUAUUCCUCAUGGACUGAAUUACCGGUUGCGAGCGCCAGAAAAUCUACCUGACCGUCCUCACUUGUCCGCUGAAAUCGUCACUGAUAGGAGUAGGGUAAAAAAGGAGGACGCUUAAGUUGAUUAGAUAAUUCUAACAGGCAGUUCAUUCAGGCGACAAGUUUGGACAAAACAUUCUCUCCGACUGGAAUAAUAGACGACCGUUUGCACGCUGACUGAUUAUGUUGUAAGGCUUAGAGUCCGACAACACCUGGAGGCUUAGAAUGUAGUUCUAAGCUACCACCUAAACUGUUGCGUGUUGACAUAUCAUUCAGACCCCGGUCCAUUCCUGUGGCAAACUCAUUUGCGCAAGAGCUACUUAGACGUCGUAUAGUUCCCAUAGUUCCGAAAUUGCAUAAAGAUCAUUUGUGUUCUUGGAAAAAAAACUGAAAAAAUUUUGCCGUCAAGUUAUAAGAAAGCUGGUUCUUUUGAGCGUUUAUGGUUACAGAACAGGUCAUUUCAUUUUUCGAAUACAUUGUUAUAAACUUGGCAUAUAAGGCGUGUUUGUGAAUUUUCCCAGUUUCCAACUAACUUUAUAUGCUUGCCAUUUGAAGAAAAUGCCUUUACCGCUUCCUUACUGUCAUAAAGGGAAUAAACCAAAACUAACUUCGAUGUAAAGAGGGGACUCGCAGGAGAACAGAAGAAACAUUCAUGUAACGGACGUCGGGAGGCUUUUUAAAAAUGAUCCAAGGGCUCUAAGGCCAAACUUAUUUCGAACUCCAAACUUUAAGUUCACACAGUAUCUUCUGUAAGGUGCUAGCAGGAAUAAAGCCUCUGUCAUUUAUACUUGAAAAAAGCCAAAUGCCUUUACGUAAGCGUCAUAGAAGACUGAUAGGGUAGUGUUACUUUUGUGAGGAUUUGUUUUGCAAUGGGUAUGUCGUAGGCUGUUUUGAAAAUUCUCUGUUGAAAGACGACAUGCCGUGGAGUUGAAAUUGGCCUAUGACUAUGCUCUAAGUUUUUCUACAUAGCGACCCUGUGCAAGUAAGCAUUUUGUAUAACAGGAUAUCUAAGGACUUCCGUGGGUGUUCCAUGAAUUUCAGCUUAUCUUGAACCAUGCGUAUUUUCGAAUGGUCGCCCUACAGAGAAAAUUCUGGACGGCAGCCAUUCUGCUGGUUCCGGGCAUGGUUUUACAAACCCCUAUCCCUUUCUCACCCGUGUUCUUGACGCAAAAACCUUGAGAUUUUUGUUGCCACUAGGGAAGAGGCGGCGCAGCGUAUCCAAGCGCUUACAGAAAAGGCUGAGAAGGACAAUCAACAACACAAUAUUGAGAUGAAGGAACUUGUUCGUCUGAUUGACCAUGACCGAAAGCUGAAGGAAUUUAUGAAGAUAAAGGCUGCUGAGCGUCAGGAAGAUCCUCAGCUGACUGCAUGGAAGGUUAGAUUGCGUUUCAAUCAUGAUGCAAUUACACAAUAUUUAUAAUAACACUUCUCAAAUUUCGAGGCGUCAGCUAUCAGCGACAUCACGCGUAGAUCAUACUGCGACCAUAUGCAUGGUGAUACUGCCAGUGGGUAGACGGCAACGUUCAUCAGACGUUGGAUUACUGGGGGAGGGAGGGCAGUAAGGUCCUUCAAGGAGAAGGUUCUUCGUAUUAUAAUCUAGACGUAUCCUAGGAAUUAAAAACUGACCAAAGACAUCUUAGCAGCCAUCUUACCUAAGCGAGAGGUAGAUAAACCAUCGGGUCAAUUAGCUCAACAUCCCCCCGCCGGGGUCGUAACUAACAGUAAGACCAGCCCUUGAACUCAACAAGGGGCCGCCAAAAGGUGGAGGCAACAGAAGAAAAUCAAUCGGACAUGCGUAUUUCUCUUUGAUUUUCCGUUCACUAAACACCUUGGCAGUUGACUGAGCUCGCCAAAACGCUGACAGUACAAAUUUGUUCAAUCCAACUAUUCCUCGUUUUCAAAGGGGAGCAUUCAGCGUCGGGAACGUUGUUGUUAUGGUUUUACACAGCUCUCGGCAUUGGGGUAAAUGAUUUGAUUCGAAUCCACAUCUCUUUCCGGUCAGGGAUGAGAGCGCAUCCGGCUGACGAUAGAGAGCAGGCUAGAAACGGUCAGCUGUACAAUAUCAUCCUCGCGCUGAUCUGUUGUAUAACGGCUGAUAAAAACGCUUACCUUUGGAAAGAAGAGCUUUAACACUGGGGACAGUGGAGGCGUUUUUUUCAGCAUGAGUUAAUAGUACACUCUACGUCAAACAGAUGUCACAAUAAUCAGCCACCUUUCAAGCAAAGCCAGCAAGCAGACCAAAUACUGUAACCUUGAAAGAGCUUCAUUUCGUCAAACACAGUAACGCUUGGAACUUUAUUUGAGUCCGCCUUUUCGCAUUUUGACAUAAAAGUUUUACAUAUAGCAUGAUGAGGUUGUGUUAUAUGGAAUUUUUGCCCUAUUACAGUCCGGUUUGAGCCGGAAGGUCUGGAUUAGGUGCGCAGACGACAUUUUCAAAUCGAUGGCCAACUCAAAAGAGCUCAAACCCAGGCAGCCUCGUUGGUCUGUUAUAUAUCGUUCGAACCACCACUACGUUCUGAAAUGGAUAUCCAAGGACCCCAUCUUUAUGUGAUUAAGCAUUCUUCGAUAAUUUUUAAUUGUUGUAAUCCACUGUGACCCAACUGUGAAAAACUCGGUGCCUCGGUGGGAUUCGAACCCACGACAGCUCUAACCAUCUGAGCUAGGAGGCCCCACCGGACGACGCGAGUUUAAUCACCUCUGGAUUAGGUGAGCCUUGUAGUCAUCUGGUGGAUUCUAGGUGAAUUGCUUAGGAAAUCCUGUUUGGGCAGUCACCUUACUGUAUCAGAUUUGGUGGAUUCCGGACGCCGCAGUAGGUUGGGCGGGUAAACUUGACCCAUAAGUGAUUAAAUUCGCUUCGUAUGGUGGGGCCUCGUAGCUCAGAUGGUUGGAGCGUUGGUUGAACUGAAGCCUUCCCUUGCUGUCGUGGGUUCGAAUCCCACUGAGGCACUGAGUUUUUCACAGCUGAGUCACAGUGAAAUAUUUCAGAUCUGACAAAACACCUGCAAAUUCAUUGUAAUCGUCUAUUUUAUAAAAACAGACUGGGGCCAUCAUUUAUAUUUUCUGUUUAACUAGAAUAAUGCCCGCAGUAGUAAUAAAGUUGUAUAUGAAGUCAAUCACCCUUAAACUCUCAUUCUCGGGGGACACUUUGUAGUCAGUUUAGAAAAAAAACACCCUUUCUCCCUCCCCUUCUAGGCUAAGCGGGCUGUGGAAGCCGAGGAGAAGCGAGUAGAAGUUGAGGCUUCUAUCAAACGCUAUGAACACGCGUUUGAGAGGAUGUUGAAGCUGACAAACGAGACCAGCAUCGACAAUAUUGUCAGCAGUUAUCUUCGUCAAGAGGAUCGCAACUUUGCGCUCUUCAACUACGUUAGCGAGAUCAAUGGCCAAAUCGAGGAGCUGGUCAACGAGAAUGAAUCGGUCCGUGCGUUGAUCUUGUGACUUUGCCUCUUUAUUGCAACAUUACAAUCAAAAUCAGCAUAUUUUCUCGAAGCAAACAACUGCAGAUCUGGGAUCUACUACUUUUUGGGAACUACUACAACAUAACUGAUGUUCGGAAGCUGUGCGACCCGAGCUAGGGCUGAAGCUAGGAACACAUAGUACUGGGUAAACACUGCUUAAUAUAGAAAUGAAAAGAUGGUAACGUUAUUACAUCUCGGAUGAACGGACUUUAUACGUCUCACCAGGAAUGUAAGAGAAUGCAGAAAGGUCGUAAAACGUGAGCAAUUGAAGCAGAAUGAAAAUCCAUGAGACCAUUUUGAGCACUAAUCAUAUCCACAAAACUUAACAGAAUGUGCAGUGUCAGCCGCUAAGGUCAAUUUCUUAUUAUCCUCCAUGGAUUAUACUAUUCGGCGAAUUUUAAAUAGUGUAGGUUCCCCGGUGAUCUUCAUGGCCUUAGUUAUACUCACGAAGCGUAUGUUAAAAUAUCCACCCUGGAAUCACAGACCGAAGGAGACCGUUUCUACACCAAGCCGCCCCUCCCGAGCGGUAAUCGGCGAAUCAAGAGUUAGCUCUGUUUUCUUCCAUCUCAGUACUAUGUGACGCUACUGCUCCGAUCAUACCAGCAAAAGAUCACAACAGCCGAGGGGAUCAGCGGUAGCACGUCAAUGUGGUGCUCCGCAAUGAUGGAUGGAGCUAGUUGACACGGGCCGUAGAAUCUGAAAAUGAACAUUCGCUGAGGUGUGGCCGCACUGACUGCCUUAAUGUUUAGAUGAAUUCAGAUUUAAAACCAUCUGACUCUUGGGUAAUUUGUGAUAAUCCAGCUUGCGAAGCAAAUUACUGACUACCGUGAAUGGAUGACCGAGGCAAUCGGAAAGAAGAGAGCUGAACUUGGGACGCUUCAUGAACAGAAUGACGUGACAAACAGUGUCAAGGAGAGAGUCCUGGCGAAACUGGAAAAAACAAAGGCCACACUUGAGGAGAUGGCGCAAAUGGUUGAGGAACUUGCGCAGGGCCUUACUUGUGAUCGGUAAGUUCUUUAACUUGUAUGUUUUUUCAUUUUUCCAGUCAAUAUAUUUUUGGCUAGAUUGAUACAGAAGAACCAACGGCAGUAUCAAGAGUUUCCCAGUUUUUCAAACCGAUUCCUUAGAAAUAACAGUCAUGAACGACUUUAAACAACGGGGCAACAAUGACUUUGCAUGCUUUGACACUUGAAUAGCCAUAAAGGGUUGUAUAGGGAGUGUCUAAACCACACACCUCAAGCGAACUAACGUCAGGAGAAGGCCUUGAAUGGCCUAAUCUGCGAAAAGAGUGUUGUUAGGUUACGGAGUUAUCAGGUGGUUAAGCCGGUCCAAAUAAGAUUUUAAAAGGUCAGUCGAUUAGGUGAAACCGAACUGAACAAUUUAAUAAAAUAAUCCAAGUCCAUCUUCGUUUGUAAAUAAUGACGCUACUGAAGGGCACCUAGUAGUUGGCGCAUGCCAAAAUGCUCAGGCCCUGGCUCUUCCGUGGGUGCUUCAGCGUUUCAGGCUCUAUCACCGGAACAGGAAUUUUAGUCGCCCGAAGUUUCGGAUUCAUUCUUUGACCAACCAUCUUGAACAGCAUCAGAUGGUGUUAGCGAACGUCGUCCGAGUCCUCAGUUGCCGCCAAUUUCGUAAGUGGACAUUAGGGGAAAGCAGAUGCGCAAGGCGUUCCAAAAAGGAUGUUGCGCACGCGGGCAACGCAAAGGCGUCCUUUGGGUCCCAUGCCAUUUCCACGUUAUCUGCUUUGCUUAGCACUCCAUUUCUGUAGGAAAUUACUAGAUCACAAAUAGCCAAUGAGGAUUGAUGUCGUCUCCUGUUACUGGCUUCAUUGGUACGAUUUUGUUCUUAGGUGGUGGCUUGACAGCAAAAUUCAGUAGCACUACCAAACUGACCCCUUUAUCAUGGAGCACGAAGAAGGGAUUCUUUACAACGAUAGGUUUUCAGUGGUGUGUUUGUACGUCCUUCAUGGUCUUUUCAGCAUUACGCCUCAGUGCACUACUAGUCAAUGCUUUGCUCAUCGUGCUUCCCGCCUCAUGUAAAAUUUCAACACUUUUUGUGAAAUCCCUCGGAGAAUAUGUUUCGAUUCGUCAUAUAUAAGACUUUUUGGCAAGGCUUAUUCACAUUUUAAGGUAAUACAAAUGCCGAACAACCUAAAGUGGAUAAAUAAAUGUCGGCCACAUCUUCGGCAACUAUUUAAACGUCAAUUUUUCAGCCACAAAAAUGCACUCACUUCUCAGAGAUGAUGUGUAAUAGGAUUUUCUAAAAAAUGUUGAAGAUUCAUUUUUCCCUAUCUCGGUGAACGUCCAUAUGUUCAGUAACCAGAUGGAACGGUUAGAAAGGGUGGAUAGAACUUUCGUAAUAAAAGGUAGUUGAAAUUAUGUAACCAAAGUUGAGCUGGCAGCAUUCCCUCGCAAGCAUUGCACGUUUUAAACAAUAACUUACCUUGGAUUCCGCUAACAAUCCAGUUGAAAGUGGCUGAGGUGAGCGACAACUAUUUAGGAGACCGGGCCUGCGCAUCACCUGCAGCCGGACACAAAUCCUCCGUGAUUCAAGAUGGCCUGCGGUCUGUCUUUAGUUGGUCUAUUGCAAAUCAACUCCAUGCAAAAGACAAUCAGGCAAGCAGAACAAAGGUAAAGUUGGUUUAAAUUACGGGAAAUGGAGAUGCGGUUAGGUCAUUUUACUCUCACGCUAUUAUUGCUAACUCAUAAAGUGUGCCAAAAUUUACGAACCAUUGCUAAUUACUCGUAAACUGGCACAAACGAAUGGAAAAAAGCUUUCAACUGAUAGUGAACGAAUCUAAGCGAAUUAGAAACAUGAAAGAACUAUUAACAUUAAAAUUUCGUUGUUUACAAAUAGUAACAUUUUUGGAAAAAUAGCAAAUUCCAGAGAUGUCAAAGAAUCGCUGUAACUGAGUAACCCUAAGUAUUAGAUAUACAGAGAGCCUGUCCGUGCAGAAGGCGAGUAAAUAAAACGGCACAGAUAGAAUAACGCUUGAAAAUCGUCCGUUAGGGAAGUUUGCAUUUAAAUAUCUCUCACAAAUAUGUGCAAUGUCAAGUAUGACAGUUACGCAACAACCUACAGUUUGGACAUGGAUCCCAUUAUGGUUUCACGAGAACUAGCUGUAUUUUUUCGUUUUUAAGUUGUUUGACCAAGGCAAACUGGUUUUCUCUUGAUUUCGCCAGUGUGGACGUCAGAGGAACACAAUUUCUCAUAAGGUUACAUUCUGACUGGCCGACCGGUGACUAGUGAAAUAGGUGCAAUUGUAAUCAUACCAUUUUGUGUAUAUUAAGAAACCUUUCCUUCUGUCAAAUUUCUUUGUAGUAAGUUCUGGUGCUGGAGCACGAUUAGUUUCAGAUCGUCCUUGAAAUAGUGGCGAAUACUCCAUGAUUCUCGGUGUUUGCAAUCGAUCGACCAUAAAUGUAGAUUCUGCUCUAUGUAUUUAUCAGAACCUUCAAAAUAAUCCCCUUCUUGAAAGCAUUUCUCGAAGGAAUGAGUUCUUGAACGUUCUUUCUAGUGUACAUGGCCGUUUAGGUCAUAUUUGUAGACUCACAAAAAUCUAAGACCUAAUCGCCGAGAAAAAUGAAUGUCCACAACGAAAGCCGGCAAUGAAUUUGCCUUAGAUCAAUUUGACAACCUUUUCUAAUAAGUUACCUCUUCAAUAAGUACUUUAAUUAGGUAUUUCGCUGACCGAUAUCUGCGUGCUUUGCCUUUUUCUAAAGUUAAAUCAGGGUAAAAAUCGGGACGUUUGGUCAGCUUUUUCACUUCCCUGAAAAUUAGCGAUACGUUUUUCUGUCGCCAAUGAAAGAACUCAUCUUUCUCUUUAUAUUGUAGCCUUUUUCGUUAUAUUCGUUUACUUCUGGGCUCCGAUUUAAGAUUGUAAACGCACAACAGAGUGACCUUCUAAGUAGCAAGAUACUGCAAAGACUACUAAUCUUUCACCCGUUCCGUAUGCCAGACUAAUUGACUAGUGCGACGAUUAAGCAAAAGGAGGUAGGACCUUAACUCUAGAAUAAAAUGCGUUUAACUACUCAAUGGCCGUAAUAUCUCGUAGCGCCACUGGAAAUACUGCACCAUUUCCAAUUGAUUUGAGUAUUUGGUUCCGGUUACCUUCGGUCGAGAUGCAAUGUUAAUCUUACUGAGUCUUCUAAAUACGCCAUAUCUAGGACCCCUCUCACACGUCGUCUGGCAGCCAACCCGAAAGUUACAACCGAAACACUCCUCGACUAUCUGAUCCUCAUAGAAAACCGAAUAAAUGAAAUGCUUUUGGUGCGCCAGUUUAUCGCCCAGAACGACUCAGAUGCACCCUUCAUCUCCAAGGCUAUUCUUAUUGGCGGGAAUCUGAGCGCACCGGGUGCUUCGCCACCAACUAUAAUUCCCCCUAAUGUGCACACGGACUUUGAAGAAGGUAAGUCUGAUUAACCAGAAACAUUGCUAGGCAUGAUGAUUACCUGGUUCUAGUCGAAAACACUUAUUACAAUCUCAAUCGCCACUUUAAAACUUCAUAAUUUUGCACCCAUCCUCACUUCUAAUUAUAGUUUACAUGCAGCACUUCCAUGUGACUCUGAUCAAGUGCUGCAAAAUCUCGCGUAGAACUUUUUAAAUCUGACAAUACAUUGCAAUUUUAGAGGAAGUGAUUUCCCGAUAUAUCCCAAAGCUACUUAACAUGGCUGGGCAAGAUAACGUAAGCUUGAAUGCAAACCAAAACAGGUUUGAGAGCACGCUUGGUGAGACCUGGGUAGUCUCUCAGUUACUUCCUUGAAGUCCUGCAUCCUGUGGCUGACUGGCUCGAACAGUAGACUGGUGGCUGGGGGAGGGAGGUCCACUCUGGGGGCUGCGUCCCCCAUGGCACUCAGCGCAUAUUCCUCACUAUAAACAAGCUGAAGCACUUUCAAACCAUCGCGACGCUUUAGAUGGCGUGGGUUGGAAGGCUGCCAACUGACGGGAUGAUUCGGUCCCCUCAGAACGGCGAGUUAGGCUGCAUAAGUUCCUUCUAUGGCACCCACACUCAGAUGGCAUUUGAACUGCCUUCCUUGUUUUCUGUGAAACCCUGGUUCAUUGCGCGCAGACCAGACGCGAGUGGCAUGCGCACACCGGCUGUUUGGCCUUGCUAACCAAUGUGCCUGAUUCCCCCCUGUCUUUAUGACUGUCUUGACACCGGGCCCAGGUGGGUGAGGAAGGAGAGAGUGUGGUUAAGUCUGCGCAAGUCUUCUCCACUAUAAACUAAUUCACGUGCAAGCCACCGUCCCUGCCCCUGCCACGCCGUGGCCCACAUGGGGGACAUCGUCGUUCGCGACGGUCGAACUGUCGUCUGGAACGCGCAUUUUCGCAUGUAUAAACAAUCCCAGCAAUGGUUUCCGUCUAGUGCUCUGUCACCAAGAUAAAGCAAUCAUUGUGUUGUGGAGUUUAACUACCUCAUGCCAUUUCUGACUGAUUUUAGGGUCUGUUUGUGCCAUAUUCGGAGGUCAUCAGACCUCCCGCAAACAUCCGUUUUACCUGCGACUCUGGCGCGCGUACAACUUAUAAAUGCAGUACUACAAUGAAAUCACCUCUUGCAGCACCGAAUGUCCAAAGAGCUUCCUUUUCAUGCAGUCGUCUAAGCCAACGUAAUUCUAGAAUAAUUGAUGUGACAUCUUUCGCCCUUAAAGAGACCACUUGAACAUAGCUGACUGAAAUACAAUAACAGCAUCGGGUGACUUAACAUGGUCUUCAUAACUAUAAGCUGAAUUUCAUUAAGUGUCUUGACGGAGGCCCAUUCAUACAGACCACCUAAAAGGUCGCAAAACGGUUGAGCGAAUGCGAUCGGAGAUAGAACGACAAAGCUCAGACAAUCUGUUGUCUUAGCCUCCUGUCCUUAUCGUUUGACUCCUGAUAUGGUUUACUUGGUAGUUCCGUGAUUAUCUACGUGGUCGCUUGUUAGCGGUCCCUACUUAUGCAUGGUCGAGGCACGAAUGAGAUUGGUGUACUCCCAUGCCAGCCUGAAUAUCCCGAUAAGGACUGAGCGGCGGAUUGGAACUGGUGGAAUCUAGGAUUCUUGGAGCUGCUGUCCCUUCGAGUUGACCUCACCUGAAAACCAUGCACAUUACGUAUACGUGCAUCGGUUUUUACCUGGUUGCAGGUAGUUGUAGAGGGUUAUGGAUAAGUGAAGGGGGCAUAGGCAAGCCUGGAACAUUUGAUGCUCCAGUAUGCAUUACCUUCUGUGCUGCCUCGAAAAUAAAUACGUCGCAGGUGUCCAGACACAUCUUACGUAUUAGGCUUCGUUUAAUUAAGUCGGCAAUUAAUAAAAGAUAACAGCGGAAGAGAAAAUAGACGCUCACUAUGGUACUAAGUGAGUUUGAGUGAAUUCGACCGUCAUUUGCAAAGAAGUCUGAUGCUCUCCUGUCUAAAAGCAAAAGUAGCAUCCUAAGAACGUACAAUUCUAGCUAUAAAUAAGUGGUGCACAUUAUCGUCAAGGACGUGACGUUUUCGUUUCGUGAACAAUAAAUAACCCCUAACUGCAGGCGUCUAGCACAGUCCGUAAUUGCAAACUCUGGGAAACCUGUCAAGACCAACCACUGGAAAUAGAGAACUCAGGCAACUGGAAAACAUUUAAUGGGAGACGUAGGCAAACCGAAGGCUCCCGAAUUCGCUCCUGGUGUUCAGUGUGUGAGUUCUCGCUGUCAUGCCGGUUAGUUUGUCCAAUUAUUGAAAGAAUUCAUUCUUACUGGCUCGUAGGUCCAGGCAAAUUUGGCCUGAAUGACGGUUCUGUUGGGAUCGCAAACUAUCCUAUACGAAAUGUUGAUGACAUCAUAGAUCCCUUAACUAGUCCGUGUCUUUAACUUUCUCAUAAACUAACCUUCGUAGUUGUAAAACGGUCAAUAUAUUAAUUCAUGCAGCUGUCCGAUGAGCCUGAUUUUGCUCAGCCGGUACAACCGAAGAUAAGAAUUCUGCGGUCGGAGUUCUUCCCAUUUUACAGCACAUGUUUCUGAUUUGCGAGCGUCUUAUUCCUCUGUAGUUUGCUCUAAACAACUGGCUGACGUAGCUGCAAUAGCUCGGAACGAAACGAAUUCGGAAGGUCACUUAGUAGAGUUCUUCAUACGGCAGAGCUGUAUAGUCCAAGCGGUAAGAGUGUGUACUCAGAGCGCUACAAGCAUCAGGUCAAAUUCCAAAUUGUAAGGAGAAAACAAAGACACCUGAAUGAGAGGUUUAUUGUAUUAGUAAUCCCUCUCAGAUGGUAGUGGCCGCUGGCAAAGCCAGGGCUGAUGCUGACUGCGUCCGGUCAUGCUUGAGGGUUCGUAGAUCAGUGGUGGCAGCCGCUUUUUUAGGCUCGUGGGGCAAGCUCAAGUGGUCUCCAAUCGGUGUGUGUUACAGUUGUCGAGGGAUGGUGUCCCAGUGGCUUAAGUUGCAGGGGGGUGGUUCGUUCAAGUGGCGCAUGUGCAAUUGCGACCCCGUUGACGCACGUGCGCCCGACUUGAAGGUGGUCAAGUGGCUGCCGGUCAGCACGUCCGGAACCGCUCGCUGCGAAGUGAGUAACCUGGACGCAACGGGAACUCGAACAGUGGCUUCUGACCGGGCAUGAUGGCUGCCCGCAACAGCCCCCCGCCAGACACCGAACGAAACGACGGUGCCAAUCGUGAGGUAAACGGUGAAAUAAAUGAAUUGAUCCAGUGCAAAUGAGGGUUUGAGAGCAUGUGUCGAUGGUGACAGGAGCAGCUCUGACCGCGUACAAGGAUGAGGCUGCACCCUGUACAGAGGUGCAGUUGACGCAUCAACCAUGGGCGCGCUGGCGUGGUCUCGUCAACAUGUGCCGGCGAGUUGGCAUAUUUGCAUGAGGGGAAAGGACAUCUCGGACACAAUGCAUCCCAGUGGGGACUUAGUCGGACGAAUGCGUCAGAAAAGUAGGGUUACUGAUGUCCAGACACAAAAAUUUGGAUAGAAUGCAAUGUUGAAAGUGUGAAGUUUCAUUGAUGCAUAUACAUUGGGGUUUUGGGUACAUUAACAUAAUUCACAGAUGAUUGUUUCGCUGGUAAUUGGCGGAAGAAUGUCUCGGACAAAAGAGAGGCGUUCAGAGGGCAACACAUUUGGAGGUCUGCUCUACAAAGUUUGGCUGAGGUUUGACCUGGACUUGUAUGGCUGAGUUUUGUUGAUAAUAUCCCUUCGGAUCGCGACAGGGUGUCAGAAAUGACUUUUCCCUAUCCAUGGGCACGAUGAGCACCACAGGACUAACAGCAAGCUGAGGUUGAGGGAGAAUUUUGUGACGGUUGAGUUCAGCCACAUCUGGAGGUUGCACUUCGAUCAUGUUGGGUUCGCCAAUAUUGCAGCAACCUAAGCCUUGGAUGAGACCCUGACUACCACGACCAUCAGGCCCGGUUCCGAAUGGAAAGAGAAGAUGGACGCCAGUUGGACGGGUUGUUUAUUCCGUACGAAAUAACCGGAAAAAGGGUUGGAGAGAGUUAGCAGCCGGACGAGGGCAUGCCCGGCGCCGGGAGAGCGGCGUUCCAAGCGUCCCUCAGGAAAUGCGGCAAAGCGUCUUGAGACACGGCACGUCUGACUCGGCCUGGAAUCUGAUUGGCCAGUUGAAAGUCCUUGAUUUGUUGAUUCCCUAUUAUUCAGUCUGCCUAGAUAAAAUUGAACUGUCGGUAUUUGACAUGUUCCCAUGGACGACUGGUGCUCUCCUGCACAUGAGAAGUUCGACUUACCAUCUAAGCUGCUUAUUUAUCAUGGCAUAUCGUAAGAGAUGUUGUUCUCAUGACAGCGUUGAACUUGGUACAGGAAUAUUGACCCCCUGUAUGGCAGGCGGCCCUAUCCAAGAUUCGAGAGGGGUAAGAGCUACAGAUGGGAGGGUUAGCGUUAAGGAGCACCCCUAGAAUUUAACGCGAGGCCACCUCUACUACUGGGAGGCGGUCCGUUUUCCCCGUCCCAGUCCAUAAGCUAGAUUUGGGCAUAUUUCAGAGAGAUAGACAAAAUAUUUCGGAAUCACGACCAGUAAGAUCAAAGUUUCCUUUUUUUGUCCUCAAAGGUGACAUUUCGACCCCUAAAAAGUGCCACUUAAGCUCCAACUGAUCAGACUACUUGUUACCGUCUGUACCUACGUGUUCCUUCCUCUCCUGCCUCUCACUCUAUGUUACCUUUUUAGGCAACGAGGCCGAAAUUCGCAUCCCGCUCUCACGUGAAGAGUUGCACAAGCGUGUCAUAAGUCUGGUGAAGAACAAGGAGGAGGCAGCCAAACGCAAAAGUUCAAAAUCUGGAUCUAUUACUCUAGGAGGCUAA